AUGGGUAUUAAGAAGUAGUAUUCAACUCCUAAAAGGUCUGAACUUAAUGAUGGCGCUAGUCGCUAUGACUAAUCACCCAAGACUUUUGAACAAAUCAAAACUAGCAUCAAACAUGAGAUUCAGCUCAGAAAGGAGAAAAAUGAAGCCAAUCAGCAACUAGCCUAAUUCAAGAAGUUACUUCAGAAGCAGGACUUGAAUGAUUCACCUCACAUAGCAAAAGACAAAAUUGCUUUGCUCCCCAACAGCAUAUCUGAGGACUUAUCAGAGGCGGUACUCUAUGCUUAUUUUGCAGUGAGAUACUACGAUGAUCAAAUAUUUAAAGUGAUUCUAACAAAAUGCAAUAGAUUCUAAUCUGAUCGCACUCUUUACUAAAUAAUGGGCAAGGAGAGAUCAUUCCAGAGUCUCACAAUAGAAAGCAGUUACUCUAGAUACAGACUGAACUAAGUAGCAUUUGAAGUGUCACUGGAGAAGGACUACCUCGAUAUUGCUUUUCACUUCAUUGAAACUGGCUAAGUCUUGAUUACAUGGGAUAUGGUUAGGCAAAUGAUUAAUAGAAGAUAAGAAUACCUUGUCAAGUAGUGCAUCAAAUAUGGCUGCAAAUUUGAUCCAGGCUCAGCAAGUCUCAAGAAGAUAGUAUUUGCGGGUAGGACAGCUGCUCCCCUUGAGGACAGAACCAUCAAACUAGUUGAUUUUAUUCAGGUAAUGCUCGAACUUAAAUGGAAGAGUAAGGAUAUCAGGGAGGUGCUGGUAAACUACUCGAAAAAGGGAAAGAUCGACUCAGUCGACUAAAGAGAACUGUUCUUGAUGUUCGCAGUAAAAAGGAAGAUCAAGCUGAUGUCCUUCCUGAUUAAUGCGGAGGAAUUCAUGAUGGAGAUUCAGGAAGAUAACUUCAUUGACGUGAUAGAGAAUGAUGCCUAUGAUAUGGGGGUGCUGCUUUACAGAGAAUACUUUUUGUAGAUCAACUCACAGCAUGAAAAGAUAGUCAGUUUACUAGUAAAUGCCUUUACAAAGACUAAUGGUCUUUUGGAAGCUAAGUGCUUCCUUCUUACGCGAUUUAUCAAUAAGAUGAACUUUGAAUAAGCUAAUAAAUUUCUAGAGGCAGUAGAUCAAAGAGUAAGUGACUCAAGCAAGGGUAAUAUUCUGAUUCUCACCUUGAAUGCAAUCAAAGCAACUUGUCUAUUAAUAGAGCUUAUUGAGAAAGUUAAGUCUCAAUUUGGUUUCCUGAGUCGUAGAGUAUUUGAAGUUAGAUAAAAACUAAUCAAAAUAGCCACAGCCUAUAUGAAUGACAUCUAGUCUGAGGAGGAGAUGAGGUUCAUCCUGUUGGAAAAAGAUCUCGAUGAGAGAGAUUCACUCAAUAUUAUUUAUGAUUGUGAGAUCAUAGAAUUACUUAAGAACCCAUUUUCCUAGAACAUAGUGCAGUAGAUUUGGUCCAGCUAGUACAAUAAUUCCCAUUCGCUUUUCUCAGUGUCAUCUCUCCACAAGAUGCUUUUCAAUUACAAUCACUGUCUGUAUGAUGAAGAGGAAAAUCUGAGAUUUUACAAGGCUAGAGAUCUGAGCAAAUUUGGAUGCCAUGGAUAUUAAUUCCAAGUUUGGAGAUAUUCAGGGGAAUCCAGACAUAUGGUGACUUUUAUAGCUAAUUUGAUAUUCACAAUACUAUUUCAUCUACUUAUCGUUGGACAUCUCACCGAUGUGCUAGAUAUGAUAGAUAGUGAUUCAACCAUCUAAUAUUGGAUAAGAAAAAACAGCGAGAGUUUCAGUACAACUUCUUAGUAGGCUAUCGAUACUAAACUAGCCAGAUAAUAGAUUUUAGACUACUGGUAUGUGAAGGUAGCUGAUAUGCAAGUAAGAAGUCAAGAAAUAUUAUAUGUGAUGCAUCUCUCUUGGAUGAUCCUACUUUAGCAUGGCUAUAAUGUAGUCUUCGCUACUAAAAAUAAGAGAUUCACUCAUUUGGUAAACUUUGGUAACUUCCUAGACUUUUCUAUGUUUUUGAUAACUUUACUUUACAGUUUCUCUUACUAUAAAGGCUGGAGAUAUGACACUUGGCUUUAAAUUCUAAGCCCUAAAGAGUUAGGUAAAAUCUAUUGGGAAAACUACAUGAGAAGUCCAAUUAAUGAAAACGCAGUCUUAAUAUCAUUUAUGAUUGUGUUGUGGCUAAAAGUUGCUUAUCAAUUCAAACUUAUAAGCAGGACUGGUGGUAUAUAUGCCAUUAUGAUCAAACUUUUCAACUAGAUGCUUAUCUAUGCCGUCUUUUACUUUGCAGUUCUCUUUAUUUUCUCAGUCAUAGGAGUGGUUUUGUUCAAUGAUAUGCAGGAGUUCAGAGCAUUACACACUACACUAUUUACAAUGUUUAAGGCAACUAUCUAGGACUAUGACGUUGAUAAGAUGAAAGAUGCUCGAGUUGGGGCAUUCUUAGGCUACCUCUACUAUCUUUCAUUCCUAAUCCUUAAUAUAAUUCUGAUAAUCAACUUAAUCGUAGCUAGAUUGGCACAUUCUUAUAAGAUCUAUAAUAAAGACAGAGAUAUAUUAAAGCUAUUAGCAACUCUCAGUGUAAGAGAAGUAUCCGAGGCAGAUGAUAAGUAUAGUGCAGUAAUAUCUGCUCCCUUUCCGCUCAACGUUUUAAACCUCACAGCAGGAACGAUUGUCAUCUCCUUGAAAUCCCCUUAAGCAAAUAUCGCACUUCUAAAUGUAUACUACUUACCGAUUUCAUUAGUAUGCCUUUCACUGUUUCUAGUCUAUUAGAUAGUCAUUCUGCCUUUUUGCUACUUUAAGAUAAUCGGUCAUAAAUUUGCAUUAAUGGUUAAAUCUCCUCAGGGCUAGGGAGCAAGAAGCACUCUAGACAGAGCAGGAUAAGCUUUGUUCUUCAUGAUAUUUGGGUUAAUCCUUUUAGGUCUGAACAUGAUAGUUGAUAUCUAUUGGUUCACAUUGCACUUAUAUAAGAUGGAUCUAGACAAGAGUCAUCUCUAAGUGCAGCAAACAACUAACUUGAACAGAAGGACAUACAAAAAGAUGAUCAAAUAUUUUGAGCAAAAGAAUGAAUAGCUAGUGCCACAGAAAAGAGUGGCUGAGGAUUUAAGAGAAUACCUCGAUGUCAUGGAAGGUGUUAGAUGCCUUGUGUUUGGCAGGCCAAAGUAAAUACCUUCUGAUAAGGUUGGAUUAUACAUCACUUAUGCUAAAAAAUAUCUAUAAUAAGCACAGGGGAAGAAGUCUGUUGGAUUUGAACUGAUGGCUGAAGGUCUUGAGACUCAUGAAGAUGUAGUUGAAUAGGUAGUCAAGGAAUACUAAGUUGUUAAGGAGGUGUUGUUGAAUAACUCAAUCCCAGUUGACAUCAGAGAAAUCUAGCAGAAUAGUGUGAAGAGAAAGGGUUGGGGAAAGAAGCUACUAUUUGAUAAGAAAACAUUCCAUGCCUUACUAUUAGACUUAGAGAGAAUGAGAACUGUUCUAAAUCUUAAGAAAAGUUUUUACAUCUUUCAUAUACCAUACGAGGGCAAGCCAGCCUAGCUGACUAACUGGCAUUUGAAGGUCGAGCAUCGAAUGGCUUAGACUUUAAAGUUCCUGAGCACCUCUAGACUUCUUAGGAUUAUUGAGUAUGAUCCAAUCUAUCACAUUAAGAUGGAGAACAUUAAUCUAGCUAUGAGUGAAAAGAAGAAUAUUUAGGGUAGUCUUAACUUAAACCAAAUCAAAAUUCAAGUGCCAUAUCAGUUCAAGUCAGAAAAAAAGGAUGAGGUAAGACAGGAGAACAUACAUUCAAACAUGUAAUUCAUGCUGAACAAAUACUAGAACUCAGCUAGAUAGAUCAAGGAAAUCACAGAUAUUCUCAAGAGGCUCAAUGCCAGUAACAAUAUGCUGUCAACCCAGCAAAAAACUAUUUUGGAAAAAGGAGUAGUUCUCUAGGAAGUUUUAUCGCCGUAGGAAGAUAAGUAAUACUUUGAUAAGGAAAAUAUGAUGCCUUACAAUCAAGCCUAGAUAUCUAACUAUGCUUCUAGAUAGUAAGACAGCAGUCUUGUGAAGAAAGAGGUCAAAGAUAUUAACGGAUAUAUGAAGGAAGCAAAGCGUCUUUCAUUCUUUGAUCAGGACUUUAGUGGGGAUUCAAAGUCUAUCAUUAAUAAUAUGAACAGUAGUAAUCUGUAAAAGUAAGUAAACUACAUUUCCCCUUCUAAAUUUGGAGUGCUUCACUCUGAAGAAAAAGAGCAGAUAAAAGAUAAAAAUAAUGGAAAUAUGCAUGUGCAUUACAGUGAACGAUCAGAGACAGAAGCUCAAGUUACAGAGGAAGAUGAAUCUGAUGGCAAAAAUUUUGGCAAAGAAGAGAUUAACAAUAUUAAGAGGAAGAAGUGA